CAAAUUUAAAUUUAAAUGAUUAUUAAUCAUUUUAUUGUAAAUUUUAGUAGGCUUGUGGGCCCUUAAAUGAACUUUCUAUCUAAGUACAAGUCUACAUUAUCUUCCCUGAGCGUUAUUCCUGAAAUGGGACCAGGUAUUUGGGGGCUGACGUGCAAAUACCAAUGUCUGCUGGAACCUUUCUUUAGACAGUACAUCUUUAAAACACUUUUGAUAGUUAACCCACUCAGUUGAGAAAUAAUCUGAGAUUUCUGGGUUGAAAUUAAUUAACACUCCCAAAAAUGCCUUCAUUCCAAUGGCGGUUACAUUACCCCAUGGCCAACAAAUUGACCUCUUUUUUCAAAGGUGUUAUUUCCUGGCAAACUUAAGUGUGGUGAUUUAUAUCCACAAAAAUGUAACUAAUUACAUUUAGUAAAAUCCAUGUCACCUGUAGUCCAUUCUUUCUAUUCAUCAUCUACUGCAUUUCUAGCUUGUUCUUCUAUAGCACUAUCCUCCUCUUCUAAAUUUUUACGUCUUCACUGUCAAUUUUAUAUCUUCACUUUCUUCCAAAUAAAUUUCUAAAUUUAUAAUUUCAUCAUACUGUUCACCCACUUUUGAUUGUGCAUUGCUGCCAUGUUCUGAGUUAUAGUCACCUGUAGAAAAAUGACAUAUCUCAUCUCUGAUGGCAUCUGAAAUGACAACUCAUUUUCUUCCUUCCUAUUCAUAAAAAAACCCAAAAUACACAUUUUAUUUUAUUUAUCCUAAUAAUUAAAUAAAAUGUAUUACAUAUAUUACAACUGCUACAUAAAAGCAUUUAAACUAUUAUAGAAUGAAACAGCUGAGGUAAAAAAUGCAUGAAUAUGACAAAAAAUUGAAUAUAUUGCAGCACUGUGUAAAGUAAACCCAUUAAAUAAUGGAAAAUAGAUUUAAACAUAAACUGUGAGUAAUUGACAAUUAAAUGAAUUUGCCAUUGGCCACUCAUAGUGGCUAUACAAGUGAAGAGGACUUUUACUACAAAAACUAAUUACAAACUGUUAUAAAAAUGGCUGUGAUCUCUAACUUGUAGCCAUACAACUCCUUAAAGUUGCCUCUCAAUUGCAAAUGGUCUUCCUGUUUAAACCAUGUCAAAAAUUGCUAAGACAAUAAUUAAGUCUAGAAAUGUUUGUCUCAGAGAAAAUUCUUGUGUUAGUAAAUACUCGAACAAAACUGGUGGGCUAUUGAAAACCUUGAAAGUAGUCAUGACACCGGCUGAGUAAACCAAAUAAUUAAGAUUGCUGUUUAAUGCUUUGACUUUGUCUCCUAUCACAACCCCAUUUCCAAGAGAUUUUCUAAAAAGUAAUUUAGAAUAGGACGAGAGAUUGUGAGUAAGUGAUAUUAAUGAUUUAAAUGUUAUUAACCAUAUUAGUCGUAGCCCCAAAUGUAUGUGGCAAUGGUGGUCCAGCUAAAAUGCCCAGCAUCCAUUAGAUCAGACGUCUCCAGAUUUUAAUGUAAGGGCAUCCAUGUGAACUCAACACAUUCAAUUUAACUUACCAUUUUAGAUAUUGAUGUAAUCUGGUAUACUAAUAGUGAGUGCUAAGACUAAAAAAAAUACGAAACAUUAAGUUUUUUCCAAAAAGAUAUGAACAGAUGUUUUUGAAAUUGCUCUAGAAGCUCUUCUAAGUGUCCCAGGAGCUGGGAGAUGUUAAUUUGCAGCAUUUGUACGCUCUUUCCAUUGAUGUUCAACACAACAUGGGUAUAUCAACAAAUAUUUUGUCAAAAUGUACAUGAAGCUUUUAAUACAUUUUUUCUCAAAACAUUUUCUAAAUAUUUCCACAAAUGCUUAGUAUUGUAAAUCACUUAGUAACAUAUAAAUGUGGUAUUAAAUUUGGGUUUAUAGUUUUUUUAAAUUACUUCUGAUACUCGUUUUUUACAAGAGCCUGUUUUGACUGAAUAAUAAUAGUUAUCUUUAAAUAAAUUGGUAUUUUUAAUUUGAGGUUUUCCAAAAAGUACAUAAUUUUAUUAAAGCGCAUGACUACCAAUACCAAUACAAGCUAAGUGCAGAAUACCCUGGAGCCGAGCCAUUGGUGUAUCUUCUUCCACCUUUGACCAUCAAACAAGACAGCCAUAGGAGAUCACUGGCCUUACAAUAGUCUUGUAAAGCCAAACAACUUGGGCCUCACACCUCAGUUUCUACUACAGAACAGUCUGCUGGUAUGAAGAUCGACCAGUGUUUCAUGCAGUAGCAACUUCAAGUGUUCAUUCCAGGUAAGCCUUUAAUUGAGCACCUCAACCAGACAUUUAACUUCACUGGAGAAGGCUACACUAGUAUCCCUCCAGGACAGAUUCUGUAACAUAAGCUUUCUCUGUUGGUUGAACAGAACUGUAGUAGUUUUGGAAGGGAUGACACACAUUUUUUCCAUCCCACACCACUUUCAUAUCAGACUCUGAGGCUGAAUCAAUUUUUCUAGGAAACCGAAGAGUGCUAAUCUAUAACCUAUCGGAUAGUCAAGCUGUAGUGAGAUCUCUCAGCAACUGCACCUUAAUAUCCAAAUGAUCUGGGACUGUCUAAUAUUACUUAAAACCCUGGAUACCCAUAAAAAGGUACUCUGAAGUGGGUACCAAGACAUGAGGGAACUAAAAAAUGAGACAGUAGGCAAGUUGGAAGCUAAAACUAUGUCAUGACUUGUAGGUCUGGAACCCUUGUGUGGCUUGUCUAAGUGCUAAUUUAAAAACAAUGCUAUGAAAUAGAUGGCUGUGGAAACUUUGCUCUAUUGGAAAAGCCUCUCAGGUCUGAGACAAGUGAAAGCAGUCAAAGGUCCCUAAUCCAUAAACGGAGAAGCUAUUUUUGAACUCAGUAGAACCGAUAUCACAUUGUUCUCUAGUCUGAUGACUGGACAUUGCCCCCUUAACUACCACCUGUUUACAAUGGGUAUCUAAGUCAGAGACAUGUCCUGCAGAAAGACUGCUAUACACAUAAUUUGUGGCUGCAAAGUUAUUGCCCUGAUUAUAUGGAGACAGCUGUACAAAGCAUUCCUAAAACAUAGAGGAUUGAAUUUUUUAGCUCCUAGAGAUAGCUUGGAAGUUUAUCAGGAACUUCAAGUGACCUGGGUUUUUUAGAUUUCAGGGUUGUCACAAUAAAUCCCUGAGUUUGCGGUGACAGGGAACUUAACUUGCCCUUUCACCUUUUAGUAUUGUUUGGUUGGUAAAUUGUCUUUUUUUACACAGUGUACAAACUCUUCAUCAAAUUAUUCCUCAAACAACUGUCUACUCACUGAUGCUUUAUUUUGGUUCCUAUAAUUCGAUAUCAAAUUAACGGUUUUAGAAGCUUGAAGCUUAGCCGAUUUGCCUUAUAACUUGUGCUUACCAGGAGCACUAAAUCACACCAUUAAUAUUAAGAUCUUUGCUCAUUUUAAAACCUGGAGUAAGGGUUUCUUCUUCUGAUGAUAAGCUCUUUGUAGGCAGUACUCUUGCUCUUAAGUUUAGGCCGGAGAACUGUACUAACUGUAUUUGCAUACAUUUUUUUCAUACAUAACAUUUUUUUUUUACAUUGAGUACAUUUAAAUCAGAAAACAUGUCUUAAUAUACUAUAAGCUAAUUUACACCACAAUAAUACUAGCAAGGAGAAUUUUCCCUUAAAAACUUAUUUUACUGUUAUUCUGGGUAAUCCAAAUAAUAUGUAAUCCAAGCAGGCUUCAGUCCCAGUUGGUUCGAAUUAACUGAACUCCAAUGUAUAAUAAUAUAAUUCCUCUUUGAUAUUUUGUUCAAAAUUUAAAUAUAGAAAAUUACAAAAUAAAAAAAAGCUACCUAUUGAUAUUUUUUGUUUAAAUUGCAAUAGUAGAAAUAUAACCUAAAUUUAUACAAUAGAAUAUAAAAUGAUUGGUUAAGAGCCAUUUGUACUGUUGUCUAUAUUUACACACCCUAAGAACAAUGUUAAACUUCAAAAACUUUUACAUUUUGUCUCAUAGAAUCGUGGGAGAUUCAAGCUCAUGGUUUGUUUGGAUCAAGCAUCCUGCCUGAUGUGCUUGUGCUGUAAAAUGAAUCCCAGGAUCUAGCCUAGUGCCCUCUGUGAUGGUGGUUGUCCUCGACACCUCACAAUAGUAAUUCCAGUUCAGGCAUGACUGGACAGACAGAAUUGCAUCACACACUUACUUUUAUUACACUGGUGUCCUCCAAUCUCAUGUACAGCAUGAAGCGACUUUGGUUGUGAAUUGGCAUGCUUCUUUGUACUCAAUAUUAUCUUUUAUAUGUGGAAAUAAAAAUUGUAACUGUAUUCUAAAUGUACAAGUUAUUGGGAAAUGAAUCAGCCUCUUUCUUUGUCAUAUCUCGGUCAUUUCACCUUGAGAGGCCAGCCUAUCCAGUCAAACUAGGCAGAGAACAACACUUUCUCAUGUUAAUGUUAAUCAUAGCUAAGGGAGCUCCACCCACUCCAACAAUUAUCCAUCCUACGCAGUAGAAUAGACCUGUCAAUUCACCCUUGUACCCCAAUAUUUGAGGUUAGUGAUGAACAUUCAUAGAGUUGUCCAGAUUUAAGUAUCACCUCACUUUUUAUGUACCCAGUGUAGGUCUUGCUGGAUAAGAUAAACCAGUCAGAAGUAAGUCUUCUGAGGAAAGAUUCAUUUUUGUACUGUUGUAAGUUUUUAAAUAGAAAUAUAUUUCUAGAUUUUGGAUUCAUAUAAUCAAACAAUGACAUUAUUUGGGUUCUUUAUGAGAAAAUCAUGAGGUCACUGAAAAUAUUUGUGAAUGGUUUGUGUACAGAUACACAGACUGACUCCUGUGUUGGCUUGUUCGGAUAGGAUGCUGAGAGUUCUAGAUCACUCCACUCUACUGCACAGUCUGUCACUGACAGGGGUGCCAACUGUUCUGCAUCUAUCCAAUAACGAUGGUGGGGCCAUUGGUGAUCAGCUUCUUUAUAGCACUGAUGAUGGAACUACUGGAUUAGUUCAAAUUACUAAGAGCAAUAGAUGAUGGAUUACUGGAAUUGGAUGUUCGUAGUCCUAAUUUCAAUAAACCUCAAAGCAGUUUCAGUACAGGAAAUAAAAUGUCCAGGCAUAGCUCAAAAUCUAACUGUCUCGAAAAUAUUGUCCACAUCAGCCAAUUCAGAAAGUUGUGAUAUUACCUGGUUUACAAGUCAGCAAAACAGAAGUUGUGUGUACAAGUACAAGCUUGACUUUUGCUGGAUGUUACAAAAGAAAAUUUGCAUGCAUCUCAACUUCAGUGCAUACACGACCAAGGGCUUGUAUUAUACACAUUUUAGACAGACAAUAACUAACCUGCAGCCUUGUUCUAAGUAUCAGGCAACUGUAACGCCAGUGGACAUGUAUGACGUGCCAUCAUCUCAGGUUGCUUCCAGGUCUUUCACCACAGAAUAUCAUGCUCCAGGAGUUGUUGGUGACAUAAACGUGACGAAGGUGACUCCGGACUCGCUGACAGUGGUGUGGCAGGAGCCUACCUCAGCACCCCACUGCACUCAAGGAUACAAACUUGUGCUGAGCCAGGAUAGAGAGUUCAACCAACAGAUAGACGAGACAACAGUUGGUAUAUCAGAGAGCAGGACCUACACUUUCACUGGGCUCUACCAGUGCACUCUCUACUACAUCUCUGUUCAAGCUAUACCAAGUCUACAAUAUAAAUACACAUCCUCAUUUACUUCUGUUUCAAACCCUUAUAAGUUACAAUCCUUCCAUGUAGUAAAAGUCACAACAAACACAGUAGAGUAUCAGUGGAAAGUGUGGAAAAUGCCACCUGCAUGUGCCAGAGAAUUCGUUUUGUCAACUUUCAGCACAAAUGGUUCUAUUAUUGCGAACAAGGAACUCGAUUACAGUCAUAGGAAGUACACUGUCUUAGAUUUAAAGCCAUGCCAAAGCUACUCUUUUGAACUCAAGCUUGUGGAUGAGCAUGGCUCUUCUACAAUCGAUUACAAUACUGUCAACGUAGUUACAGAAGCUUCAGAUCUUAUGAGUGUCAGCAACCUCGAACUGGACCGAGUAUCCCUUUACUCACUGUACCUAAAGUGGUUCUUGCCAGAAGAGUCGAGUGCGUGUGUGUCAAACUACAUGGUGACGUUUCUCACCACCGACAAUAAUACUAUGGGGACCAUUACACCUAACAAAUAUACCACCUGGACAGGUGGUACCUGCAGAUUGGAUUCUGUUUCAGUUCAAAUAAUAAGUAAAGGACAACUAAGGGGUGUCCCAGCUAAAAUAGACAUCAGGCGAAUAUAUGAAGAUGUGAAGUUCUUGACAUUCAAAGUGAACAAAGUAGCCACCUUGGUGCUCUUGACAAGUGAAUCGUUUGUUUGUGUCACAAACUACAAGGUCAUAUGGUACACCCCUGGUUCUGGUGUCAUAACCUCGCCAUUCACUAAGUUCAACCACAGUGUCUCUACAGGUCAUCUGCUACCCUGCACCAAGUACACGGCUGUGGUACAACCAUGGAACGAUCGCUUCAUACUUCAGAAUAUCACUUACACCUUAGAAACUGCAUAUGAAGAACCAACGCUGACACGUGAAAUCAGUGCUGUACCUCGAGGAUUUAACGUUUCCUGGCAAUUAACAAAAGAAGAAUCUAAAACAUGUUUGCAUUAUAUCAGUAUAUUAGCAAAAUCCAAUCACAGUUCCUAUGAGGUGAAUGUUUCUUCUCCUUCGUCAAGUGUAGAAAUAGAUAAUUUGGUACCAUGCAGGACUUACACUAUAACAACUCAAGUAGUGGGGAUUGGUGGCAAACAUAGUAAGAAGUUAUCUGAGAAUAAAUCAGUCAGCCCACAAGUAUUGCCAGCUCCAGGGGAAGCAACUAUAUUACAAAUUACAAAAAGGAAAGCAGUGGUGAAGUGGAAAAUCGAUACGUCAGGCUCGGACUGCGGAUUCACUGACUUUAGGGUGAGCUGCGAGCCUUCGGCAGGAACCGUGUCCUUCUCCUCACUUACCUCACCAAUAACAGUCACCAUCAAUGGGUUGGUGCCCUUCAUGCAAUACAAAUGUAAAGGUGUAGUCGUCAACAAUGCAGGACCAUCCAAUUUCUCAGAAGUUACCUUCAGUACAUUGGAGGGUGUUCCUAGCCAACCGAAAAAUGUGACAGUGACUGCCAUCUCGAGUUCUGAAGUGCGAGUCCAAUGGGAUCCUCCAGACCAGAUGAGUGGAAUACUCAACAACUACACUGUUGUACUACAGAACCGCACAUUGAGGUACAAGGUAGCACCAGGCUGCCAGCUGUCAACCCUCCAGCCUCUACAGGUGGUGGUGAACGGAACUACGACGACUGCGGUGAUCACAGAACUGCCAGCCGACAUGCAGUUCCAGGUGACUGUAGUGGCCAAGACUAUGAAUGGUGGCUCCGGACCUCCCAGUACGCCUGUUACCUCUGAAACUCUUAGUGGAGUGUCCGAGCCGGUCCGCAACAUGAGUGUAACAGUGACACAGAACUCCACAAAACUGUGGUGGCUCCCUCCCUGCAACACAGGUGGACCGCUCAGUCAGUUCUUGGUUCAGUUAAAUGGUUCGACAACUCUCCAUCAUAACCUACAACAGGGAAGGGACCUGAAUGAAAGUUACAAUGAUGUAUACAACAAUUCCCUUCUGAAAGCAGAGACUUCUUAUGAAGUAACAAUUAUACCAGUUGGUUAUAAUAGAACAUAUUAUGGUCACCCUAAAUCUGAAAUCUUCACUGUCCCUCCAAGAAUACCUGCUGAACCUGAUGAAGAGAAGUUCAAGUCCUUGCUGCCAGUUGAAUCUUCCAGUCGUUCCGCAGUGGUCACCAUCCACAGAGACACUUUCCCCAACACUGAGGGCACUGUCCGCUACUUCACUAUUCUUGUGGCUGAGAGUUUCCCACAUGGACCAAGUCACGGUUGGCUGACAAACGGAACACAGUCUACACUCAACACUUGGGCUAAGGCUCGCCAGUCCAGGCCAACACCUCCCUAUCAGGCUCAUCUACCCUGGCCAAACCCUUUUCAAUCGUCAUCUCUGGAAGAGGUCGAGGUGGAAGUGGGGUCGCAGAAGUGUUCUGAGACAGACUACGCAACUUACUGUGACGGUCCCUUGGAGUCUGGCACUGCCUACGAACUGCGGAUCAGAGCGUUCACUGCUACAGGAUACCGGGACUCCCAGUCUAUCAAGUUUCAGACAGAAAACCCACCUGCUGCUUUUGCUAUUUCUUUUAUACUUAUUAUCUUGGCAAUAGCAAUUAUUGCAAGUGUGGCCAGUUUUAUUCUCUGGAGGAGAUGGAGGUACACUGGCUACAUCUGUUGCAGUAAAGAAGAAAAGAACACAAUAAUAAAAAAGAAACCAAAACUGAAGAAAACUAAAACUUCUGACUUGUGUGAGAGUCUAACCAUCAAACAGUUUUUGCAACACACUGAAAAUGCCCUGUCAUCACCAGAUCUGUUACAGACAGAGUUUAAUAUUUUAGAAAAUGAAAAUAUCCAGUAUCCUCAAGUAAUUGCAAAGCUGGAACAUAACAAGGAGAAAAACAGAUAUGGCAAUAUUUUCCCAUAUGAUGUAACUCGCGUAAUACUGGAAGGAGAUGAUAGGAACAACUAUAUCAAUGCUUCACAUCUCAAGUUAAAAGAAGCCAAGUCAGUAAAUUACAUAGCUUGUCAGGCACCUAAAGCUACCAGCUGUGGAGAUUUUUGGAAAAUGAUUCACCAGUUUCGUGUGAACAUAAUUGUAAUGCUUUGUAUGCCAGUGGAAGAAGAAAAGGAAAAAUGCUUUAUUUACUAUCCAAGUCCGACAGAAGUUGUCAUGUACGACGAUAUCGUUAUCACCUGUUGUAAGGAAGAAGAGUUCUCGAAUUAUAUUGUCAGGCACAUUGUUGCUGAUAAGGGAGGUGUUACACUGGAGGUGAAACAGUUUCACUUCAUUGGAUGGCCAGACUUUGGAGUGCCAGAAUCACCAGACGUAAUGGUGAAGUUUGUGAAUGCUGUGCAACACGUGAGCAAAGGCAAAGAACACUAUAUGGCUGUACACUGUAGCGCAGGUGUUGGCAGAACUGGUACAUUUAUAGCCCUUGACGCCUUAAUGAGGAUGACACGUCAAAAGUGGAACUGCACCUUCAACAUAUUUGACAUAGUUCACAGAAUGAGGGAACAGAGGUGUAAAAUGGUUCAGACAGAGGAUCAAUACAAAUACAUCUAUGAAUGUAUGAAAUUUGCUUUGGAAAAUCACACGUCACCCUUUGUAAGAGUGAGAGUGUAUUUAUACAAGAGAUCUAAGAAAGUGAGGAGGUCAGAAGUAUCAGACAGUAACGAGCUGCUACAGCUGGAGGAUCUGUCUUGUCAUCAAACUUCAGUAGUAACCACAGGCGCACCACAACCACUGACCAAAUGUGAUUGAUUACAGUGAGGAGGUCAGAAGUAUCAGACAGUAACGAGCUGCUACAGCUGGAGGAUCUGUCUUGUCCUCAAACUUCAGUAGUAACCACAGGUGUACCACAACCACUGGCCCUAUGUGAUUGAUUACAGUGAGGAGGUCAGAAGUAUCAGACAUUAACGAGCUGCUACAGCUGGAGGAUCUGUCUUGUCAUCAAACUUCAGUAGUAACCACAGGCGCACCACAACCACUGACCAAAUGUGAUUGAUUACAGUGAGGAGGUCAGAAGUAUCAGACAGUAACGAGCUGCUACAGCUGGAGGAUCUGUCUUGUCAUCAAACUUCAGUAGUAACCACAGGCGCACCACAACCACUGACCAAAUGUGAUUGAUUACAGUGAGGAGGUCAGAAGUAUCAGACAGUAACGAGCUGCUACAGCUGGAGGAUCUGUCUUGUCCUCAAACUUCAGUAGUAACCACAGGUGUACCACAACCACUGGCCCUAUGUGAUUGAUUACAGUGAGGAGGUCAGAAGUAUCAGACAUUAACGAGCUGCUACAGCUGGAGGAUCUGUCUUGUCAUCAAACUUCAGUAGUAACCACAGGCGCACCACAACCACUGACCAAAUGUGAUUGAUUACAGUGAGGAGGUCAGAAGUAUCAGACAGUAACGAGCUGCUACAGCUGGAGGAUCUGUCUUGUCAUCAAACUUCAGUAGUAACCACAGGUGUACCACAACCACUGACCAAAUGUGAUUGAUUACAGUGAGGAGGUCAGAAGUAUCAGACAGUAACGAGCUGCUACAGCUGGAGGAUCUGUCUUGUCAUCAAACUUCAGUAGUAACCACAGGCGCACCACAACCACUGACCAAAUGUGAUUGAUUACAGUGAGGAGGUCAGAAGUAUCAGACAGUAACGAGCUGCUACAGCUGGAGGAUCUGUCUUGUCAUCAAACUUCAGUAGUAACCACAGGCGCACCACAACCACUGGCCAGAUGUGAUUGAUUACAGCGAGACCUGGACAAUCCCAAUACCAAAAUUGUAUCCUAAUUUUAAUGUAAUUUUAAAACACGGUUAGAAAUAUAAUUCAGUUUUAAAUGGAUUAUUAAAUUACACAGGAAUAUAAUAAUCAGUAUUAACAAUUAACAAUUACCGCCAAUAUGAAUUUUAAGUUUAGGUCAAUUUAUUACUUUAUAUUGUCAUGUUAUUAGUUUUCAUAUGUUGUUAUAUUCAAUUAAUAUUUAGAGAUAACCAUGUACGAUAAGUAACUGCAGUGUUAAAAUAUAGUUUACAUUGUCAUGAAAUUCUUCA